AUGCCGAUCCCCCCAGAAUCCCAGCUACCUGGGUUGCCAGGCUUCAACCCUGACAACCUCCAACCAUGGACCGUCCAGGUCGUCGUCUCCAUGACGGUCCUCGCCUUGUGCUCGACUGCCCUGCGCGUGCUGAGCCGCCAUUUGAAUUCCCAAAAGCUCUGGUGGGACGACUGGAUGAUCCUCUUCUCGAUGGGCUGGAACCUCAUCGUUGUCGGUUUCAUUUUCGCAAUGCACGCCAGCGGCAUGGGCCUUCAUGCCGACCUCGUUGACCCGGCCGACAUUGUCAUGAUGGCCAAGUGGCUCGUCGUCGCUGAGAUCCUCUACGCCUUCAACCUGGGGUGGACGAAACUGAGCCUGCUCCUCAUGUACUACCGAAUCUUCCGCUUCCCGUACUUCAAGAGGAUGGCGUGGAUCGUGGGCGUCUUCGUCAUGGCCUGGGUCGUCUGCAUCACCUUUCUCUUCGUUUUCAUUUGCGUCCCCGUCGAAAAGUUGUGGUAUCCGGACCUUCCGGGCCACUGCAUCAAUCAGGUUGGCACGUGGAUCGCCAACGCAAUCUCGACCAUCUUCACAGAUCUUAUCAUUCUGCUGAUGCCGAUUCCGCAGGUGUGGCGGCUGAACUUGAAAAUGCGCGAAAAACUUGGUUUGACGGCGGCCUUUGGGCUUGGGUCCUUCGUUGUGUUUGCGUCGGCCUACCGUACCAGCGUUCUCUUUACAUACAGCAAAACGGACCCUACUUACACGCUCACCCCGACUGUUGGCUGGACAGCCAUCGAAAUGUCCGCAGGCAUCACCUCAGCUUGCCUACCAACCAUGCUGCCCGUGCUCAAUAAGAUUCUGCGGUGGUUUCGCGGACGCCGCAAUGGGGAGUCGUCGACAGGAUAUUCAAUGAGGCAUGGCGCCAGCGGUGGAGGCGAUGUCUCGCGACACGACGACAAUGUGAGCAGUGCAGCAGCCAAUUCUCGGCGACAUCUCUCCAGCAGCUUCUACAGGCUGCCAGACGAGAGUGACCCUGACCGUGUCGACUCCGCCAUAACGAAUGAUUCAAAGCUAGACUUGCACUCGGACAGCAAAGAAGGCCACGAGCCUAAACUUCAGGUAGUGCCAAAGGAUGGGGACAGGGAGAGCAGCGAUGAUAUUUCCCUCGGGCGUCUUUGA